AUGACUCAUCGUAAAUACGAUUUCAAUUAUUUCCUUGCAAUAUUUAGCGAAGUUUUAUUAAUUCUAAUGACCCUAUCGAAAAUGACUACGUGCUGGAUAAAUAGACAAGCAUUAGGACGUUUGCUCGUCGAAAUACAAAAUAAUUUCAACGUCGAUAAGUAUAAUACAUUCGAGAAGAGAUUUAUUUUCAUGAAAUAUAGCAAAUUGGCGAAAUAUUAUUUAUUGAUAGCAGUUACUUCAAUGGCUUGCGGCACUGUUUUUUAUUACUUGAACGAAUUGAGAUUAAGCGUGAAAAUGGUGAUACCAAAUUCAUCAUUGACUUACAAACCACCGUACAAAACAGAAACCAUUGUCGAUAUAUACGACAUUAAGGUCUAUGCUUGUUUCUGCAUUUAUCAAUUGUUCUUAUUACCGGCUAUUAUAUUAGGUUACGUUGGAUUUGAUUGUUUAUUCGCAAAUCUUGCAUUUCAUGUUACCGCACAAUUUGGAAUUCUUUGUUCCAUGAUCAAAGAAAUUCUCGACGACUCUGAUGAUUUUCAACGUAAUAUAAAGGAACUUGUACUUCGGCAUUACAAAUUGAUAAGACAAGCAAAAACUUUGGAAGAUAAUUUUAAUACAAUAAUAUUGCAACAAUUAAUGGGUACAACAUUUCAACUUUGUGCAUCUGGUUACCAUACACUUCUGGGCUCAGUAAGCAGUGAAAUAUUUACGGUGAUUGUAUUCAAUUUUUAUGCUACUAAUACAAUGAGUACAUUGUUUGUUUAUUGUUACAUUGGCGAGUGUCUAAUUCAGGAAAGUUCGAACCUGAGCAAUGCAUUUUAUCGUUACGAGUGGUAUAACGUGUCGGCUACGAACUUAAGAAUGAUAACAAUUUGUAUGUUGCGAAUGACGAUACCGGAGCAAUUAACAUCCGGUAAAUUUUUCGUCUUAUCAUUGGCCUCCUUUACUGACAUUCUCAAAACUACAAUGGGAUAUCUGUCUCUACUGCGUACUGUUCUUUGA